AUGGCUCGUAAUCAGUUUAGAAUUGUCGUAGGUUCCUACGAACAUAACAUCCUCUGUCUAUCAUUAGAUCUGACUCUAGAGACUCCAGUGUUCACUCCGAUCUUCCAUUUCCAAGCUCACUCUCUAAGUGUCAAGUGUCUAGAUAUUUCCAAGAGAUACCUAGUCUCAGGCUCAAACGAUGAACAUAUCAGAAUCUAUGAUUUGCAAAAACGUAAGGAACUAGGUACAUUAUUGGCCCAUCAGGGAUCUAUCACAGCAUUAAAAUUUUCAAGAGGUGAAAAUAACAGUAGUAAUAAAUGGUUGCUGUCUGCUUCAGAUGAUAACAAGAUUAUUAUUUGGAGAGUUAAAGAUUGGGAGAAUUUUGGUACUUUGAAGGGACACAUUGCUAGAAUAAACGACUUAGCAAUUCAUCCAUCAAACAGAAUUGCUGUAAGUGUUAGUGAUGAUCAUUCCAUCCGUCUAUGGAAUUUGAUGACAGUGAAAAAAGCAGCUGUAUUGAAACUAAGAAACUAUAACCAAAACGGUCAAUUCGUGAGGUGGUUGGGUACUGAGGGUCAACAUUUUGCAGUUGGUUUGAUGACUAAAGUAUUAAUUUAUUCUACUGAUGACGCUAAGGUGCACCACGAACUUGAUUUGAAAAGAAAAACAUUGAUGCAUAUGGAGACUGUCCAACUUGGUGAUAUUGAAUAUCUAUGUAUUGGUCUAAACGAUGGUAAUAUUGAAUUCUAUGAAACCAAGAAACUACUUGCUGAAACUGAAUUGGUCUCCACAUUGACCCCAGAAUUUUCUUUACUAGGUCACACCAAUCGUGUUAAGGACUUCAACUUUUACAAGAACGAACAUGGUACUUACUUGGUUUCAAUUGGUUCCGAUGGUAAAGUUGUUGUUUGGAACAUAACAUCAGAGAAACAAGAACAACUUGCUGUAUACGAUUGUGGUGAAAGAUUGAACUGUUUGGCUCUUUGUGAUGAAGCGAUUGAGAAGUACGAUACCAUGAGAAAGAGGGACUCUGAUAAGGCUGACCUAGAUGAUGUCCAAAGUGAGGUAGAAAGUGAUACUGAGGAAAUCAAAAAAGCUAUGUUUGGUAAGAAGCAAAAAAGGUCCAAGAAGCAAAAGAAGGCCAAGAAAAUCAGUGUAGAACUUGAGUAG